UCUCUACAAACUUUCAUAUCUAUAUUUCAUUAGAUCAUGCAAUCAGCUGAUUAGCAUUGGAUGUGAACGGAUAUUAUAUGUUAUAAAUUUGUCAAAAAUUUUUUGUCUAUCGAACAUGGCUUUUUUUAAAGAAAAUAACAAUGUUUUGGUAGUUCUAGAUAGUGAUAUUUCUAAUGAUGACAUCGUAGACUUUAUCAGUGCAAUUCAAAAACGUCUCAAUCAUGCGGAACAACUUUCAAUUGUGUCAACAAAAGAAUUGAAAAAAUGUAUUAAUUCUUCUAUUUAUGAUAUAAUUAUUUUUAUUUUUAAAUUAUCGUAUACAAAUAUUAAAAUAUUUCUAGAAGAAUCUUUACGAAUCUUAAAACCAGAAGGGAUAUUAAUUAUUUAUGAAUCAUGCCAACAACAAGAAAAUGUAUAUUCUAUUUUUGACGAAAGAGUAUCUAGUUUGAAAUUGAGUGGUUUUAAAGUAAAAGCGCAAGAAUCUCUAGAUACAAAACAGUUAAAAAAUCUUUUACUAAAUAUAUACAAUAAUAUUAAUAAUAUUUUUGAAAUAGUAGCAGAAAAACCUUCAUUUGAGAUUGGUUCUAGUGUAACACUUAAUUUUGGAGAAAAAAAAUCUUCUAAUAUAUGGAAAUUAGACAAUGCUGUUGAUGAAGAAUUAAUUAAUGAAGACGAUCUUUUAGAUGAAAGUGAUAUUGUCAAACCUAUAAUUAAUAGUUUACGUGUAUGUAGUACAACAGGUAAACGAAAAGCUUGCAAAGAUUGUACUUGUGGCUUAGCUGAAGAAUUAAGUGGAAAAAUUACAACAGAAGGAAUUGUAAAAUCUUCAUGUGGAAAUUGCUAUCUUGGUGAUGCUUUUCGAUGUGCUAGUUGUCCAUAUCUUGGUAUGCCUGCAUUUAAACCUGGUGAAAAAGUAGUUUUACCUGAAAGUCAAUUAAAAGCAGAUUAGUGAAAUAUUUGUGAGUUAUAUAUAUAUUCUAUUUUUAUAAUCAUUUUUUGCAUGUAAUUAUUUUAAUGACAAUUUUUAAUAUUGUUAAUUCACAUUAUUUUCACACAAUUAUUUCUAUUAUCAUUUUUAUUUAAUGUAUAGGAUCUUUUCUUUUAUUAUUUUCAUAAAAAAUGAGAAAGUAGUAUAAUAUAUACAAAAAAAUUUAAUGUAGUUUAAAAGUUAUGCAAUAAAAAUAUAAAAAGAUA